UAUCAUAUCAAAUAGAAAAAAUAUUUUUUUGAUUUAUAAAAUUUAUUUAUAUGUUCGCACCAAUUUAAUUAUAUGAGUAGUAGAUAAUGACUUUUUAAUUGUUCAAUAUAUAUUUAUUAUUUCAUAAUAUGUUAUAAACAUAUAAUAUAUAAAAUAAUUUAUAUAUAUAAUGUUCAUUCCGUGCAAGGCGCGGGUCUUAACCUAGUAAUCUAGUAACUGUUUAGAUACGAAUCAUACGAACUUAUUUUUGUGGUCAUGUUACAAUUGUUUAGAUUUGAUCUCUAAUAAACACAAAACCAUAUCAAUUUUCAGGUGAAUAUUUGAAAAGAUGUUUAAGAUCACUUUGUAACCAGACUUUUCAUUGUUGUAACAUGUAAGGACAGUGAAAAAGUUUAUUCAAAAGUUUUGAUUUAUUCAGAUUUUGGAGAUUUAGAUUUAAACCAUAUUUAUAUAUUUAUAGAGAUAAUGUUUUCUUUGGGUUUGGUUCUGUUCUUAAGUUUAAAUAUAAAUUUAUAAAUUUAAAAAAAAAAACUCAAAAUCCAAAAAUAUAUAGUAUACAAGAUGCAUAUUUGAAAAACAAAAACAAAUUCCAAAAAUAUAUUUAGACUUAUUAUUUGAGUUAAUCAUUCAUAUUUUAAAUACUUAUUUUAGGUUUCUUUUAAUAUUUUGGAUAUUUAUUCGGAAUUGAAUUUGAUAUGUUUAUUUAAUUUUUGAACUUUUUAGGUAUCAGUUUAGAAUAUGUAAAACUCAAAAUACUGUAGAUCAAAACCCAUUUCAAGUAUUUAUGUAAAAAUUGGUUCAAUUCAAAAUUAUUUUUAGGUACAUAAAUUUGAGCUAUUGCCGUUUUCGAGUUUUGGAGUUUUUUUUUUUUUUUUAAGGUAAAAACUGGUUCGAGUUUUCGAGUUCAAUUGUUUUUUCUCUAUAUGUGAUCAAAAUUAUUUCAAUACUAUUUUCAGCUAUUCCCGUUUGCCAACAUGUUGCUUCUCAGCAUUUGCACAUUACGAGUGGAAUGAGAAUCAGAAGAUCAUCACCACAUUACUAUCAUCACCAGAUAAAACGACAAAAUAUUUAAGAAUUAUAAACUUGAUAUAUAAUUAUAAAGACCAAAAUGCAAAUAAAAUAUGAAAUUUCAAAUUUGAAGUUUUGAAUAGUAAUACUCUAUAUUUGAAGUUUCACUAAUCAAAACUUCAAAUUUGAAAUUUCUGAAAUUUCUUUUUGGAGAACAAAAAAACUUCAUAUCUAUUCUAUUAAAAUAGAGUUACUAUUUUUAUCUAAUAUUGAAAAGUCAUUGUUGGACUAUAAUAAAAAUUUUAUGGUAUUUACUCCCUCUGUUUCAUUAUAAGUGUCGUUUUAGAUUUAGACACACGGAUUAAGAAAACAAUUAAUUUUGUACAUUUCUUAUAAAAAACACUAUUACCUAUACACCUAACUAUAUUUCAACCAAUAGAAAAAUAAAUUUUGCAUAAAAUUAAUAAUUUUGCAUUGAAAAUCGACAUUUAUUUUGUAACGAAAUUUUUUUUAUAAAACGACACUUAAUAUGAAACGGAGAGAGUAAUAAGUUUUAUAAUUAUAGUGUAUAAUAGAUUAAAUAUUAAAUUAGAAGUACUAUAUAAAUUAAAUACGACAAUUGAUAAGUUUUAAAGAUGGGGUCGAAUGGGCCCAAUUGUAACAGAAUGUAAAAGAAGCCCUAAUUCUUUUUUUGUAACUUAAAACCCCCUAAUUCUUUGAAAAGAGAUUCGCCGGUGUCUCUUACUAUUAGCCACGAAGAAGAAGCUAAGCCCUAAUGAUCAUAAUCUUGUCAGAGGAGAUAUUGCCAUGAAGAAGAAGCUGAACCCUAAUUAUCAUAAACGUCUCAGAGGAGAGGCAUCCAAAUCCUGGUCCGAUCUUCCGUUUGAUCUCUUAAAUUUGGUUUUCGAACGCCUCAGUUUUGCUGACUUCCAACGAGCUAAAUCUGUAUGCUCGUCAUGGCGCUCCUCUUCGAGACAGUGUGUGCCUAAAAAUCACAUCCCUUGGGUGCUUCGCUUCCCCCAAAACAACGAAAACAGUUCUUGCAUGUUGUUCAAUCCCGAGGAAAAAGACAAACUUUACAAAACGCAAGAUCUUGGUUUGGAGUUUGCAAAGAGUUCGUGUAUGAAAACCUAUGGAAGUUGGCUCUUGAUGCAAAAUCUUCAGAGUAAUCUCUUCAUUGUGAAUCUCUUUACCGGCGAGAGGAUCAAUCUACCUCCCGUGGAGUCACAGUUUGGAAUGACAAAGAUACAAUCGCCUGUGUUUUGGAUUGACGAGAAAACCAAAGAUCAUGUAGUUUCAUGGGCACGUAGCAAAAAGUGUGUGGUCUAUUCUAAGACGGGAGAUAACUCGUGGAAUAAAAUUCCCAAAUCUUCAGGUUGUCUUGACAUGGUUUACAAGGAUCACAAGCUUUACUUUUCAAGUUACUCUGGAAAAGUCAAAAUCUUCGAUUUUUCUGGAGAAAUUCCCCAACAAAUUGUUAUUGACACUACAAGAAAAAGCACCGCAUGCCGACAGCCAUCUUUGUCGGUAAGUAAUAGGAACAAGCUCGAACCGAUGUGUGAGGAAAAACAUAUUGUACCUCCUCUCGUGAUUCUUAAACCAAUUGAUUAUUCGGUUCAUUGGCCGAGCAUUGAUGCUACAAACAUUGUAGUCACAGUAACAGGAGAUGUCCUCAAGGUUGUAAAAGUGUGGACAUACUGGUCUAGAAGCUGGUCCUUCCGACUCUACAAGGUUUAUUCAUUAGGCUUUAAACAACAUGAACAAGUUUAUUCCUUGGGCGACGAGGCAAUGCUUUUGGAUCUAGGUAUCACUGUGCUCGCCAAUGACAAUGAUGGAAUCCGUAGAAAUUCCAUCUAUUUCAGUGAUUGCAAGAACACAAAUAAAGUCUUUCACUUCAGUUUCGAGACACGGAAGAUGGAGAGACUACACAAAUUUGAUUGCUCGUCUGUUCAACUCUCUAGUAGUCAAUGGUUCUUACCAAGUAAUUCACUAAGACAUGAUUGAUGUCAACUUUUAUUUCCUCUUCAGUGUGUUGUUUUACUCUUACUAAUGGUACGGUUAUUUAUACACAUGCUAGUUUUUCAAGUUACGAAUAAACCAAAAGUUAAACUACGAUCAAAUGCAAAUUAGAAAAUGUAAUGAAAAAUGAUAUGGUGACUUCAAAGAACUUUUCUUUGUGGUGGAAUCGUACUGAUGUAGUAGACUAAAAGUAGAAAUUGUCCCGUCAUAAUUUAAUAAUUUUCAUCCUUAAACUAUACUAUAUUUAAGAGUUUUUAGCAAAAACCAUGUACCUUCAUUACACUGGUAGUUUAGUAACAGUUAGAAAAAUUGUGUAUAUAUAAAUACUUCAUGAAACUAACCCAUGAAAAUGGGUACAUUAAACGUUUAUAUUAAAAAGGUAUUUCUUAAUUUACAUGAAAUAUAAGCAAACACGAAAAUCUGCUCAAAUCCACACAUCGGGGUCGUACUAACAGCAAAAGGAGCAAAUUAAAAGUGGACCCUUGAGACUACUAAGAGGGUUUGACAAAUCAUCACUCUCAAAAGCUUACUACUAUAAACUAUAACAGAAAACGUUAAUGAACUUU